AUGCCAAUUCCCGAUACCGAACCGGGAUCUCCAACUAGUGCUCUAUGGAGUGGUGGAUUCCCUGACUCCCGGAGUGCAUUGCCUGGCAGCGUUCCUAUUAUGCCCACCCCAACGCUCGCCUACUUCAACUUCGCUCAGAACGGCCUGCCCAGCGGCGGAAUGAAUCUGUUUGGUAGCAAUAUCCACUCCCCCACUGCUCUUGGCCGUCCAAACUCGAUGGUAGCAAAUGCGCCACUGCCUCUGGAGCCAUGCCCUGAGUCAUUCCUGCUCCGUCCUUUCUGGUUAAUGAGGUGUCUGUAUCAAACUAUUGCCAAUCCUCAUGGAGGCUAUCUGUCAGAGAAACUCUUUAUUCCCCGAGAUGUCUGGCGCGUGAAAAACGUCAAACUGAAGGCCGUCGAAGACAAGGUGUCCAAUUGCGAUCUUCUUACAGCUGCUCUACUCAAGUUGACCCAUGUCGAUGCAUAUGACGCGGACGCUGUUCUGGAAGAGAUGCAAUCAUUUGAAGGUGUUCUUGACCAAGUUCAGGGCGUUCUGUCCAAGAAACUAGGCAAUGAAGUUGGCGUGCAAGCCUCGAUGCCGUUAUUUAAGCCUGCAUCAACGCCCGAUGAGCCUGUUCACGUCGAGACUGCGCCGAACAAAUCCUACUUGACGUGGAAAAGGCUUCGUGCGAAAACCUCUGGGCUCGGCACAACUACCCCUGUUACAAGUGUCCGAGAAAGUAAUAAAGACAAUCUGACUCUUAACUCUGUUCCGAUGACCUCUGUACAUGGACCGCCUGCCAAACGCAAUGUUACCCAGCUCGAGUUCUCAGGGCCCAAUGCAAACUACAUGGGCGCAUUGGCGCGACUUUUCGAUGCUGCUCAAGUUCUAGAACAAAUUGCUCAACAAGUUGAGGACCCUGGGCUCAAACACUCGUCUCAAACCCAUGUUGGUCUGGAGCUCAGCACACGACACGCGGCUGAGUUCUUUGGCUUUUACAUUUGCCGCUUCGCACUGGCUGAUGUGAGCUUGAUGCUCGAUAAGUUCAUCAAACGGGGUAGCGAGUGGGUGUUGGCCUAG